AUGGUCCAUGAGGCACCUAUUGUACCCAAACCUUCCCCCGAGAAAUCAACCAACAAGCCCAUGCCAAACACAAGCGUCUUUUGCCGUUUUCACCAGUUUACUAGCCAUGAUAUAGAAUCCUGCAUUGUGCUAUGCAACAUCAUUGAGAGCCUCAUCCGUGAGGGGAAACUAGACAAGUAUGUGCACGACCUCCCGCCUCUCCCGAACCCUCACCAACAGCAGAUCAACAUGAUUUCCACUAUCAGUGGUGGUCCUACAUUGGUCGGGACCUCCAAUAAUUCCAUCAAGCACUAUGUCCCUUAUUCUUUCACACACCAAGUCUUCAGUACUGAGCAUGGGCGCCUACCGACGACGCCCAAGUUAGGCUGCCUUCAGCGAGGAAGAGCGUGGUGUCAUCCUCCCCUAUGA